GUCGACGUAACAAUAUGCUCCACGCUCUCGCGAUCCCGGUGUUCUGCAUCGCGACAUGGGUAACCGCGCUGAACGAUCCGUCAUCAGAUUUACCCAAGUUCGGCAAACCGUUGAACAAUCUUACAGUCUCGGUGGGUCGCGAAGCCAUUUUCACCUGCAUCGUCGAGGAUCUCGGACCAUACAAGGUAGCGUGGCUACGAGUCGAUACGCAGACGAUUCUGACGAUAUCAAGUCACGUUAUCACGAAGAAUCAUCGGAUCGCAGUGACACACAUUGGCCAUCGAACGUGGUCCCUGCAUAUAAAAUAUACGCGCCAGUCUGACAGCGGUUGGUACAUGUGCCAGGUUAAUACUGACCCGAUGUCCAGCAUCGUUGGUUUUCUCGAAGUUGUUGUGCCACCGGAUAUCCUGGACUAUCCCACCAGCACAGACAUGGUGGUGCGGGAGGGUAGCAACGUGACGUUACGGUGCGCGGCGACAGGAACACCGGAGCCGACAGUCACGUGGCGUCGCGAGGCGGGCGGCACGAUCAGUUUGUCAAACUGGCACGAAGCCGCGGUGAGUAUCGAAGGUCCGGAGCUGGAAAUAACACGCAUUACGCGUCUCCAUAUGGGACCGUAUCUCUGCAUAGCAUCCAACGGGGUACCACCGACAGUCAGCAAGCGGAUCCUUCUCACUGUUCACUUUCAGCCUAUGGUUUGGAUCGAAAAUCAGCUAGUCGGUGCUUACGAAGGACAAAUACUCAUUUUAGAAUGUCAUAGCGAAGCUCAUCCCAGCCCUAUCACUUAUUGGACGAGGCCAACAAAUGAAACUAUCGCCAACGAUGAGAAUUAUAAAGUGGAAACAAUUUCUAAGGGGUCAUAUGAAAUGACGAUGAAACUCGUCAUAAAAUCUGUACGAGUUCAGGAUUUUGGAUCCUUUCGAUGCGUGGCAACGAAUUCUCUCGGAGAAACUGAUGGAAGGAUAAAACUUUACAAAAUCGAUAAGCCCACUACGCGCAAACCGGGUACGAGAUGGGAAUCAAAGAAGACAUGGAAGACCGAUCACAACCAUGAAAAGAAAGUUGCUGGAAUGAAGAACGAGCCAAUGCUGAAAGGUGAUGAUAUUGGCGACGAGCAGAUCGAUUUUCAGUCGGCAACGGCCUCAUCGGCGUUUCAUCGCCACUUGCUUACAAAUUUCGGAAUAACUGCCAUAACUGUGAUAUUGGUUGGUGGUUCAUCCACGUAAGCUACCGUUGUUCAGUAAAAACUAUACGCAAAGAAGAUUAAAGUAAUAUAGAAAGAGUCUCUGGAUGCAAGAUUAAACAUCGCGCGUGGCAAGCAUCGCAACGAAGUAAUGUCGAUAAGAAUAAUGCUGCGAAGGGUCGCUGUUCUCGAUAAAAAGUCUCUUCCUGUUGUACAUGAAAUUUGCAUAAAGUAGACGUAGAGUGAAGACCUGUUUUUAUAUGGAAGUAUGAAGGGUCCGAAGUAUCUGGUUGAUCAGAGUGACCGGGGGUACUUCGUGAGGAAGCGUAAUUAACACAUUGCAAGCCGAACGUGUACUAAUAGAACGUGUACUUUCCUCUCUAUCUAAAGAUGUAGAAAGCCACCAAUCUAUUAACCCCUUUACGCUGAAGACGUCAGAGUAGUUGGCUUUUACCGUUCCCAUUCCAAGCGGUAACCUUGUUGACCUCGCCAGCACUUGAAGAAGAAAGUCUAUAAAUCAAGUAAAAGGGCUACAUAUUAUUUGCAAUUGCACUUUCUGAUAAGUUCUUCAAAUAAAUACUUUUU